CUGAUUCCAACACUAUCCCCGUUCCGCUCUCCUCUGGAGUACUCGACCGCCAUGUCCGCCCCUAACAUCACUGUGCAAGAGCAGUACAAACCUGGAACGACAUGCAAGAUUUGGCCAUACACGCCCACCAAACCCCACGGCACUUCGGCGUACCCUCGCAACCCUCUUCCGCCUGAUCUUCCGGCGGGCCAGGUCCGUGGCUGGACCGAGUCCCAAGAAGCCGAGCGCCAUCAUGCCAUGCUUCGAAUCACCAGCACCGUCGCUGUCGGCGACAACCGGACAUCCCAAGUCUUCUGCUGCACUAUCAUCUCAUCCCCGGCCGAAGAUCACCAGCUCUCUCGUAACGGAGAGCCCAUCACCACCACGCUCGCCGCCGAGGUCUUUGAUCCCAACUUCUACCCCAGCGGCCUCGGUGCGCCCUACAACAACCGAGAGCGGGCCGAUGGAACGACUGCUCGGGUCGCCGCAGUCUUCGAGCAUCUCGUCAACGCUGGGUGGGCUGGUCCGCCGCACGCCAUGCCCCGCUACUACGGCUGCUGGGUGAUGCGCCCGCAGACCUUGAGCCCCGAGGGCCACGAAGCCGUCAGAUACGUCACUCUCGUGCUGCGCGAGUACAUCCUUGGCCGCUCCAUCGAGUCCCUUUGCGACCGCGAUGAAUACAACUGCCUCGUUCCGAAGGAGAAGCACCGACAGCACUUCCACCUGUCCAAGGAGCCCGGUAAGGGAAUUGUCCGCCUGAAGCUCAAGAAGAAUACUCGCUUCAACGUCUUCAAGCAAGCUCUUCACGGCCAUGUUCAACACCUACACCUGGGCUUCAAGCACGGCGUCUUCGAGCCCGGCAAUGUCUUUCUCACCAUGUAUGAUGGCGAAACCGAUAAGGACUUGGAGGAACCUCGAGCUGUUCUGAUUGGUGGCUAUGAUCUGGUUCAGAUCUGGUCCCUGACCAAGGCAGCCAAGGGCCCUCUGGGCGACCGGCAGAUAAUUCAGUACCUGAAAUAUCCACCUCACCCAGCGGAACGGUUUGGCCCCAAGGGCGUAGACGCUUUCGUAGGCUGGUGUCCCUCCGAUCCGGUCAAAUUUCGCAACUGGGAGACGGAAUACCGAGAAUGGAUGGUUCGCCCCUCCGUGUUCGGUCCUUUGGAAGAAGCUGAGUAUGUGGAAAGAGAGCUGGGAGGAGAGGAUGUGGAGUGGCCGCACCCAUACCCCAAGUUCUCCAUCUUCAAGACCCUCUACGACAGACGACGGGACAUCGGAGCCGAUCAAAAGAGGAGGCACGAAAGUUACAAGGAGGAGGAAUCGCGGCAGCAGCAACGGUUAGCGCUGGAGCAGGAAGCGGAACAGGUGCGGCAGCGGAUAGCGCAGCGGGCUCAUCGGCAACGCCACCAUGCCGUCACGCGGAAUCGGAGACAGCAGCAAGAUCGGGAGUUGCAAGAGACCGAGGACCUCUACCGGCGUUUGGCAGAGAUCGAAGCACGCCACGGAUCCAUGUCCCCUCAACCUUAG